CAGUCUCGUAGGAAGUCGUAGGAUAGGAAGGGGUACGACCAGAAACCAAAAUUCCUACGAGCCCAUGGAAACAGGGCUACUGGGGAGGCACGAUCUUGCUUGCGUGCCCAAAAUUUGAAAGCCCCAUGGGCCCAACCAUACCUUAUUAUGCCGUAUCCUGCGCUUGCGGCCCAUACCCACGGUGACUAUCAAACCUGCUAGCGGGUGGCGCUGCUCCAGGAGCUACAAACAGGGCCAUUUCUGAUUACACAUCCGAUAGUACCGCUAGUACGUUCCUCAUUCCUAGUUUUCUCUUAUAGCGCCGACUCAGCUUGUGGGCCCAGCAAAAUUAAUUCGCUGCUUGCUCGCUUGUAAGCUGGAGUGGUCUACAACCUUUUUCAUUACUAUAUAGUUAUUCCUAAAGGUUUGGCAAACCUCUACACGUUUCCGAAAUCUUGGACGCGCCCGUUGGUUAGCAGCACGAGGUUGAGAAGGGGGCGCAGCUUAGGUCACCGGACGGGGUCCGGCAAAGCUGCUAAGGAUUUCCAGCUUGUAUUAUGAUACAGGGACCCGUCAACCCUUACAUCGCGGAGGCGAGCGUAGUCUAUGCAGCUGCUCCCCUGCAUCCCCUUGUAUGAACAACCUGACAACCCUUUCCCUCGUAAAGGCUUCCUGACGCACAUGUACAUACUUGCGACCCCCCCCCCAACUCCUUCCCCACAGUGCACCCCUAUGGCGACAGUCACCGCCCCCGGAAACACCAGCAGCGGCUGCAUGUUCUCCUCCUUCAAUGAUGAAGGGGUGCCGUACCUUCAGAUCUUCAUUGGAUUCACCGUUGCGGUGUACCUGUUCCACACGUACCUGGAUGUACGGCAGCUGAGGGCCCUUCGGCGGCCGCAACCUCCACCUGCGCUCGCGGCGCUCUUCACCAAGGAACUGUACGACAAAACCCAGUCGUACAGCAUCGAGAAAUGGUGGUUCGCCUCCGCACACAGCCUGUACAGCGUCAUGGAGACGCUCGUACUGAUCCUCACGGGCUGGUUGCCGUACGUUUGGACUGCCUCUGGCGCCGUACUCGCAGCUGCCUCGACGCAUCUAAGUCCUGGAUGGGCCGCUUGGGGCCGCGGGGAGAUUGCUCAGACGGUGGUGUUCGUGUUGGCGCUGUGCCUGGGGAACAUGGUGUUGGAGCUGCCGUGGGGCAUCUACUCCACGUUUGUUAUUGAGCAGCGGCAUGGGUUCAACAAGCAGACGCCGGGACUGUAUGUGUCGGAUCUGAUAAAGCAGAUGCUGCUGGCGGUGGUGCUGCUGCCACCCAUUGUGGCGGGUGUCACGUACAUCCUGCAGGUUGCGGGUCCGCUGGUUCCGCUGUACCUCUGGGCCUUUGUGUUUGCGUUGAGCCUCUUCCUCAUGACCAUCUACCCGGUAGUCAUCGCCCCGCUCUUCAACAAGUACGAGCCCCUGCCCGAGGGCUCCCUGCGUUCCAAGAUCGAGGCGCUCGCGGGCAGCCUGCGCUUUCCGCUGCGCAAGCUCUACCGCAUGGACGGCAGCCGCCGCUCCGCACACUCCAACGCCUACAUGUACGGCUUCUUCAACAACAAGCGGAUCGUGUUGUACGACACGCUCAUCCAGCAGUGCAGUGAGGAGCAGGUGGUGGCUGUGCUGGCGCAUGAGCUCGGUCACUGGAAGCUCCGUCACACGCCGCUUCUGUUCGUGGUGAACCAGGUCGUGCUCCUCUCGCAGUUCAGCCUCUUCACGCUGGUGCGCAACAGCACGGCGCUGCCCGCGGCGUUCGGCUUCGCAACCGGGGGCACGCUGACAGCAGCUGGCACCGCACCCGCCUUUGUGGCGCUCAUCCUCUUCCAGUUCAUUGUAUCACCGCUUGAUGAGGUAAUCCAGUACGGCAGCAACGUGGUGAGCAGGAUGUUCGAGUUCCAGGCGGAUGGGUUUGCGGUGCGCACCGGACACGGCCCGCACCUGCGUUCCGCCCUGCUGCGGAUGGAAGAGGAGAACAAGGGCGCCAUGCACGUGGACCCCUGGUACUCCUCCUACCACUACUCCCACCCGCCCCUGGUAGACCGCCUGCGUGCCAUCGACGCGGCGCAGAAGGAGCAGGAGAAGAAGGCCAAGUAGUGGAGCUUACCGUGCUGUUGCCAGGCUACGGGAACGACUGCAGGAACUAGUGGUUUCUUGGCAGGCACUGAGGACGAUGAGGGGGGCCACCUGUCGCUUGGGGGGACGUCAUGUUAUGGUAGUCAUUGGUACACCUGGUGAUUGGUGUAGGGCUGGGCUACCAGAACGGCGACUGUCGUACUGGAACGGAAGGCUGUACGAGUACGGCAGACGUGCGGAAGGCACAAACACACGUUAUGUUGCAGUGAUCAUUCUCCGGCCGCAGCUGCAGAGGCAC